UACCUUCAUUUUAGGGGCACCGUCUCACUGCAAUUCCAUUGGGGCCGCCGGAGUGAACAGGAAUCCCGGGCUAAGUUCCAGCAUAGUGAGCAGGUUGUAAUAUUCAAUUCCCGUACUAUUAUAUUAAUUCGUUUGUUUAACCUUGAGCUCUGCAGCUUGAAACUUCCUGCUAUGGCGAGGAUUCAGUAAAAUCGUUGUUACAUCUCCUCAGCUAUAAAAUGCAUUCGAAGGACAGGAUUUCCUAUUUCUACGAUGGAGAUGUAGGCAGUGUUUACUUUGGUCCAAAUCAUCCUAUGAAGCCUCAUCGUCUUUGUAUGACACAUCAUCUUGUCCUCUCCUAUGACCUCCACAAGAAGAUGGAAAUCUAUCGGCCUCACAAAGCAUACCCUGUUGAGCUUGCUCAGUUUCAUUCUGCGGAUUAUGUUGAGUUCUUGCACCGGAUCACUCCUGACACCCAACAUCUGUUUGCUAAUGAAUUGGUAAAAUAUAAUCUUGGAGAAGACUGCCCAGUAUUUGAGAACUUGUUUGAAUUUUGUCAAAUUUAUGCUGGUGGAACGAUUGAUGCUGCACGCAGAUUGAACAAUAAGCUAUGCGACAUUGCUAUAAAUUGGGCUGGUGGAUUGCACCACGCAAAGAAGUGUGAAGCUUCUGGAUUUUGUUACAUCAAUGACUUGGUCCUAGGGAUUCUGGAACUCCUCAAGUAUCACGCCAGGGUCCUAUAUAUUGAUAUAGAUGUACAUCAUGGUGAUGGAGUUGAAGAAGCCUUCUAUUUCACAGACAGGGUGAUGACUGUUAGUUUUCAUAAGUAUGGGGAUAUGUUCUUUCCGGGAACCGGUGAUGUUAAGGAAAUUGGAGAGAAAGAAGGAAAAUUUUAUGCCAUAAAUGUCCCAUUGAAGGAUGGAAUAGAUGAUGCCAGCUUUACUCGACUUUUCAAAACAAUUAUUUCCAAGGUUGUUGAGACAUAUCUACCAGGUGCUAUAGUUCUCCAAUGUGGGGCUGAUUCACUUGCUGGGGACCGCUUGGGCUGCUUCAAUCUCUCCAUCGAUGGGCAUUCUGAGUGUGUAAGAUUCGUGAAAAAAUUCAAUUUACCGUUGUUGGUUACUGGAGGUGGAGGAUACACAAAAGAGAAUGUUGCUAGAUGCUGGGCUGUUGAAACGGGGGUUCUUCUGGAUACUGAGCUUCCCAAUGAAAUCCCAGAUAAUGAGUACAUCAAAUAUUUUGCUCCUGAUUAUUCAUUAAAGAUUCCGAGUGGGAACCUAGAAAACAUGAACAGCAAAUCUUACCUUGGUACGAUAAAAAUGCAAGUCAUGGAAAGUCUGCGUUGCAUUCAGCAUGCCCCUAGUGUACAAAUGCAAGAGGUUCCACCUGAUUUCUACAUCCCUGAUUUUGAUGAAGAUGAGCAGAACCCAGAUGAAAGAGUUGAUCAGCACACCCAAGACAAGCAAAUCCAGCGAGAUGAUGAAUACUAUGAAGGUGAUAAUGACAAUGAUCACAACAUGGAUGAUGCUUGAAGUUUCCAGUGUCAUAAUUUUCUGUUGCUUAUGAUUUUCUAUUUCUGGGAGAAAGA